GUGUUGCCACCUACAGCGACUCGCCUCGUCGAGCCAUCGAGUCGUACUGAAUCGAGAAGGCUGAAAACUGACGCGACCGCGUUUGCUCACGUGCCUGUUCGAGCAAUCAAAGGCUUGCGCUCGACUUCGGCUGACCAUACUAGAUGAUUAUGCUCUGACAUUAUACCAGCAUUCUCGAAAACAAUGCCUGCUGAACUUUGCUCCGACUGCGGACAAACAAAGUACAAUAAGAUAAGAAAAACAUCUUGCGACAAAUGCCGCGGUACCUAUAGGGGUUACUACAUCAGUUCUACCGCUAAGACCUGUUCUGGUUCGAAUUGCAACGGCGGAGCCAAGAAGAGCGAUCCUAAUAAAGACUGCGAUGAGUGCAAAGGAACGGGCAAGAAACUCACCCGCUGCGAACAACCGGGUUGUAUUAAUGGUAAUAUAGAGUAUUCAUGCCUAGAUGAUUUCCAUAACUAGGAGGUGGGAGCAGCGACAGCUAAUCCCCACAUGG